AUGAAGGCCCACCUGCGGAGCGCCGGGAUAGUUGGAGUCGUCCUCGUCUUAACGUACGUCCUCAUUUUUAUGAGCAAACCUUCUUCACGCAGUUCUUUUCCGAAAGGAAUCUUGGAGGAAAAGGUUGUGAGGAGACUGGAGAGUGUUGAACAGACUCUGCACAGGCUGGAAAAGCUGAUUGAAGGGUCGCGUGGAGGAAAGAACACCACCAACAAACUUGCUCCUGAUGCCGGCCCACAGAGAGCAAAGCCUACAAGGCCAAAGUUAUAUCCAAACUCCUUCCUCUUUGCUAAAUGGGGAGAAGGUCUGACGGAGACGGAGCAGAAGCAGGCAGAAUCGCUCUUUCAGAUUUACGGCUACAACGUGUUCCUCAGUAACCGCUUGCCACUCGACAGGAAGCUUCCAGACAUGAGAGACGGCAGAUGUCUGACAAAGAACUACCCUCACGACCUGCCUAACAUCAGUGUGGUGCUCAUUUACCUGAACGAGGCCCUUUCAGUCAUUCAAAGGGCCAUUCUCAGCAUCAUCUCACACACUCCCAAGCGCCUCCUGAAGGAAAUCAUUCUGGUGGAUGACUACAGCACUUACAAUGACCUUGGUAGGGCGUUGCAGGACUUUGUAGAUGAAGUCCACCAAAACAAGCCUGCGCUGAUAAAGAAAGUGCGGCAUCACCGUCAAAUGGGCCUGUCCCAAUCACGGAUGUCGGGCUGGGAGCACGCCACUGCAGAUGUUGUGGCCAUUUUGGAUGCUCACGUUGAAGUCACCGAGGGAUGGUCAGAACCUCUACUCGCCAGGAUCAAAGCUGACAGGACGGUGGUGGUGUCCCCCGUCUUUGACAAGAUCCAUUUCGAUGACUUUCACGUGGAAAAAUACCUCCCGUCCGCACACGGCUUUGACUGGCCUUUAUGGUGCAUGUACGAGUCCUUCAGCCCGGAAUGGAUGGAGACCAACGAUGAAUCCAGGCCUGGGAAGAGUCCUUCCGUGAUGGGAAUAUUCGCAGCUCACAGGGAAUUUCUGGGAGAACUUGGAGGGCUAGAUGGAGGAAUGACCGUCUACGGUGGAGAAAAUGUUGAACUCGGGAUUCGUGUGUGGCUUUGCGGAGGAAGCGUGGAGGUGGUUCCGUGCUCCAGGAUAGGCCACAUUGAGCGGGCACAUAAACCAUACGCCCCGGAUCUAAAUCCUGUGAUGAGGAGGAAUGCUCUGAGGGUUGCAGAAAUUUGGAUGGAUGAAUACAAGAAGAAUGUGUUGAUCGCGUGGAACCUUCCUCUUCAGGACCACGGCAUAGAUAUUGGCGACGUGACGGAGAGGAAGAAGCUGAGGGAAAAGCUACAAUGCAAGCCGUUCAAGUGGUACCUGAAGAACGUGUAUCCAAGUCUGGCCACACUGGAUAACCUGCUGGGCUACGGCAUGAUGAGGAACAGCCUUCUCAUGAACUUUUGCGUGGACCAAGGAGCUGUUCCGGGAAAUAUCCCCAUCCUAUACGAGUGCCACUUCCAACAGCCACAGUUUUGCUACUACAACCAAGACAGUGAACUCAUCAUCGGGGCCAUUAAAUCUCACACGUACAACCCAAACCGCUGUCUGGUUGAUCCGGGCUCCAGCAGCACACCCACCCUGCUGGAUUGUCAGCUGGCAAAGCGAAAGCAGCUACACAUGCACUGGCACUUCACACAGGGCAGAGAAAUCCAAAACAAAGCAACCAGGAGAUGUUUUGAGAUCAGUCAAGGCCAAAACUAUGAAUAUGUGCUCAUCCUUCAGCAGUGCACGGGACAGAGCUGGACCAUCCAACACUUAAUCUCCCCUUUUUAG